AUUAAAUAAAAAAUUUUAGCGAAACUAAUUUAGCAAAAAGAUUACAUCAAAACACAGACUUGCUUUGAGAGAUUUCAAAUCUGAUCCAAAAUCAUUAUUUUUAUGACAAUUCAAUUAUCAUGAUUUUAUAUAAAGCUAUAUCGAAGCCUAUUACCCUAUCACUUGUUAUAACGUUAAUUCUAAUUUCGCUCUCCCAUCAUAAUCCAAUCACAUCGAAUAGUACGUCAUCUUCGGGCCAUGCCAACGAUUUCAUAAACAUACCGCAAACUUAUCAAAAUGAUGAUGUGUACUAUUUCCUCGAUGGAGAAAAUCUCACCCUGAGAUGCCUGCUGGAACGCAAAAAUUAUCACAAAAUAUUGAACAAAUACGACCUGGCGACACUUUACAAGAGCUUUUUUUGGAGCAUCAACCAUUAUCAAUACACCGCGAGCGAUUUAAAGCAAGAUUUUUCCCACAUAAACGUCGAUUUCGAUUCUAAUUUUUCUAAAGCCAAGGAAGCUUUUAAGCAUCUAAAUCAAUCUUCCGCCAAUCACAUUUAUGACACCAUUUUUAGACUCUUCGACUUGAAGAUAACCAAUAUUUCCGCUUUCGAUGAGGGCUACUAUUUUUGUGGUCUACGAAGGAACAAUAAGAUAAAGUCUAACGGUUAUUUUUCCAACGUCACACAACUUAUCCAAUUAAUUCCAUAUGGAAAACCAUUCAUCAAGAUUUUCGAUAACGAUUCUAAUUUAUCAGACGGCGCCAAACUUAACCUGAUCUAUAAAGGGUCUAACAAUGAAUCUUCUCAUAAUUAUGCCCUUGAAAGCGAUUAUAAUAAUCUCAAACAAACAAAGAAUAGGAUCAGUCUCACUUGCUCGGCAGCUGAAGGAAAUCCUAAGGGUCAGAUUUUAUGGAUCACGGAAUCUGGAUUAGAAUCCCAUAUCAGGCAAUACACCGAGGUCAAAAAUUUGAAUGGAAAGGCCAUAAGCAUGACGAGAAUUGAACUCUUGAAUUUGAGGCCUACUCAUCAUGGCAAAAAAAUUUGGUGCCAAGUAUAUCAAAAGGUUUUGGGGAGAAAAAUGACAGAAUCAUCAACUUAUGUCACUUUAAACAUACAAUAUAAACCGAUCAUAGAAUACAGGAACGAUGAAAUAAAUAGCGAAAAAAUAAUAUAUCUGCGGGAAGGAGGUAAUUUGAAAAAAAUUUGUGAAGCGCAUGCCAAUCCAAGUCCUAAUUUCAUGUGGUGGCUUUCGAAUAAACACGGCAAUUUUGUCGUAGCCGAAACGGCCAUGCUAUUUAUAUCCAAUAUCACUCAGGAAUUUUUGAACAGGGCAAAUAGAUUUCGAAAUUUGAAUUCAAUCGAAGAAGAUCUCACCUCUAUGGAGCCUUACAUUUAUUGUGAAGCUUAUAACUAUCUCGGACGUAAUACUUCGCUUCAUACAAAAAUUCGCUUCGACUCAAAUGCUUUGUAUUAUAGAACUUGGAACAAAAAUAUGUCUCGAAAAAUCCUGUUGAUCUCAAUGCUGAGCGUACUAUUCAUAUUGAUGAUGUUUUUCAUGGCGUGGUGCGCACUUGGAAAGAAUAAGGAUAUUUUCAUGGGAAAAUUUAUGGAUAAAAAGCUAGCAAUUAUUGCGAAAAAUGAUGAAAAAUACAGAGUUUACAAUCCACACAAGCCUUCCUUAAAUAAAUCAAAUGCAAACGAUUCCACAAAUGUAUCUGUCAUUUCAACUGUUUCUGAACGCGAUAAAAUUAUAAAUGAGGACAUAAGCCGAAAAAAAAUGAAUGGGAAAUUGCCCAAGAAUGGAGAAACUUUUAAAUAUGAACAUGCCAAUCUUAAUGAUGACAAUCAAUACACUAAAAUUUAUAAUGGCAAAGAUAUAAGAGUGGAUUACGACGAACUGAAAGAACAAAAGAACAUUUCCGUAGACUCACAACAUAACUCAUCUUACAGUGGUGAGGAGUCAGUUCAAAGUUCGCCUAUGGUUCCAUUGGCUAGCGUUGAAUCUGAAAGUUACCUAGAUUUAAGUAUAGAUGAUUCCGAUUAUUUAUCUAAAGCUACCCCAACGCCUGUAUGAUCCAAAAAACAAAUUUAAACCAAAAAGAAAAACAGUCAGUAUUUUUUUUUAAUGUUACAAAUUUAAAUAGACAAUUCAAAAAAAAAAUUAUUGUGACCGAGUGAGAUCAAUCAGAGAUCUCUACUAAUUAGUAAAAAAAUAAAUAUAUGAAUUAUUUAUAAUCUUAAUUUA